AGUCGAGCUAUGUAAGUCGGCCCUAGCAAAACACAGAAUGAAACGAACAUUUGAGCUGUAUUCACCAACGAUCUGCUACAACAAACCAGCAGCAGCCGUCGUUCCGGUGGAAUGGUGUCAAGCUAGAAAGCAUGCUGCCAUCUCGGAUCGCCUUGUCCAAGAACUAAUUGUUCCGAAGCGAUCUGCCCGAACAUGGAAACUGCGGGAAGGCGAUCUCUGUCGAAUUUCACUUAUCGAAGGCUCACAGGUGGGCGAUGUGAAUCUCUGGAACCUGCACAAUCCUAAGGAGCAUUUCUACUCUGGGAAAACACGCCAGUUGCAUGCAUCUCAUCUAAAGCCUUGUGAUCGCUUGUGGAGCUGUUUACCGUAUCUGCGGCCGAUGGCAACAUUCGUUACGGAUUCGUUGGCUGAUUAUGGUGUCGAUCGGGACGGUGGUGCUUUGCAUGACGUUAUUGGCACCAGAUGCGACGAUUAUACGUAUAAACUGAUCACGGGGAUGGAACGAUUUGGAAGUUGUCACAGCUAUUUACGAGAAGCCAUCAAGGAACACGGAUUAGAUGAGUCAUACGUGCACGAUGUAUGGAAUAUAUUUAUGUGUACAGGAUUUACAAAGGAUACUUUGCAAUAUUUUUGUAAGCCAAGUCCUGCUCGAGAAGGAGACUUCAUUGAAUUUAUUGCUGAUAUGGAUUUGUUAGUGGCACUUAGCACUUGCCCCCAAGGUGACGUUUCCAUUGUCGUUGGCCAAGAGGUACCGGAAGAUAAAUGUUUUCCUUUGAAAGUUGAGAUAUAUCGAGCUCAAUGAAAAUGGUUAACAUAGAAGUUAACUAGAUUCUCAUAAAAACAAAAUUGGCAAGGCAAUAAUAUUUUCGUGAGGAGAACUAACUCGUACUGUACAGGUUGGGUGAUUUGAAAUGUUACUUAUUUUAUUUUGUGGAGGCGAUCUGGCGUAGUGGUAACAUCCAUGCCUCUCACGCUAAAGGUCACGAGUUCAAUUCUCACUCCCGACAUUCUUCCAAAAAUGGAAGUAGAAGUGACGAACCAGCCAAAUGAGUUGAAAGUCACUAUAAUACAGAUAUUUGAAAGUUUGUUUGUACAAAACUCCGCUAGAUACACUCUUCGUCAAUAUAAAAAAAUACAACUACUUAAAAAUAUAGCCUUAAUCAUUUUCGAAUCUAAUAAAAAAACAUCUUUUGACUUAUUCGUUUUACUUUAGAUAGAAUAAUUUUUUGACGUGGGACUACGUCUAACCGGAAUAUAUGGAGGGUAAAAUGAAAACCUAAACACAGAACAUGCAGGAAAAAAUGAAAGAUUUCGAAUGCUUAUAGCUCGAACAUUUCGUACUGGAUAGGAGAGAUGUUUGCAUCACUUGAUAGGGAAUAUUUCUACGCAUCUAUCGCAACUAACAAAAUGUUGUUUUUCAUUAGAUAAACAAUUGAAUAACUGUAAAAUAUUAGGCGUUAUCUAAACGCCCUAACUGCAUCGUUUUGAUUGGCCCGAUUUACGGUUUCCCUAACACAGCCAUCAAAACCAAGCAGCCUUGGGGAAAUCGGCAUUGCAAAUACAUGAAAGUAGGGGGACUUUUGUUCUCAUCGAAAAAUGUUCCCUAACACAGACUUUAAAACCAAGCAACGAAAUCGGCAUUGCAAGCACACGAAAGAGCCUAGAGGCGAGUGAACUGAAAAGUUUAAACCCUCUUAAAGCCAAAAAGAAGAAAAAGAACACACGAAAGUAGGGGGAGCUUUUGUUCCCACAGAAAUGUGUUCCCUAAUAGAGAUUUCUAAACCAAGGUGCCUGGAGAAAUCGGUAUUUCAAAUUUAUGCAAGUCGGGGGUAUUUUUGUUCCGACUGGAAUGUGUUUCCCUAACAUAGACUUCAAAUCCAUGAAGCGUGGGGAAAUCGGCAUUGCGAAUUCAUACAAAUCGGGAGUAUUUUUGUUCCGAUUGAAAUGUGUUUCCCUAACACAGACUUCAAAACCGAGGUUUCUGGGGAAAUCGGCUCUGCAAAUAAAUGCAAACUGCGAGUACUUUUGUCCUCGCUUGCCUUUGUGCAGAGUGGUGUAACAAAGGCUUGCUACGCCCAGCUGCCCGCAUGUACUCCUUCUUUUCCCUCCCAGGGUCGGCUCAAUUCCAGCCAAAUUAGGUUUCUCAGAAAAGGGAAAACAACACGUUAUAGAUUCCUAAAGAGACGGUCUUUAUUCUAUUUAUUGUCUGCCCUAAUUCCCUAACUCCUACUCAGAUUUACAAAUACUCACAUGUGUGUAUUGUGUCGUGUCAGGGCCCGCCGCUGGUUCUGCCGCGCUCCUGCGUUGCCUCGGCUUUCGGCGUAGGUUCUGACCGCCGCUGAUACUCCCUCGGUCCUGCGUUGGUUCUCCUGUUUGGCGGAGAUUCGGAUCGUCGCCGCCUUGUCCUCUCGUUCGUCGUUCAGGGUGCCGGUACGGAUCCUCGGCCACGCCACACCGCGCUCUGGGGUUUUGACGAUAAUGCCAACCCUCACGACUCAACCUCUUCGACACGACGGUGCGCCACUGUACGCGACCGCCACAAACCGCUAGUUCGGUUUAGGUUUGUGCGGAAUGAUACUUCCUUUUUUGUGAAAGGACUUCGUAGAAACUACAAUUCCACUGAAUCGUCGCGGAUUUACUUUUCGUUGGUAGUUGAGGACACGUCUAGUCUCUAUCGCGUGGUUCAGACAAGUCCCGACUCGCUCCAACCGGAACCUCUACGACCCGCCAAAUCCGGGUUGGUUUUCAUCGCCUUCAGCACUACCAACCGCAGCGAUGUUUUAAUGUGUCGUGUAAUGUUGUUUGUGCUGUAUAUAAUCCUUAAUUCGUGUUGUGUAUGACUAUGUGCCGUCUUUCUUUUAACCCUUAAAUAGCUAUUUUUUAAUCUGUUAUUUCAAUUUUAUUUUAGGUUUUAUUUAUCGAAAUAUAGUUUAGGAAAUAAGUAUAUGUUUUUUAAUUUUAUGCGAAGGACCCUAUUUAGCAAUUUUUUUCUAUAGAUGUGUGUUUUCUCCUUUUUUUGUUCUUAAUAAACACCAUGGGCGGGAUAAACUUCAACAGACAGCAAGACCCAACAAGUGACUUGUCACACUACCGCACCGCUCGAGUAAAAAAAAAAUAUUAAUGAAAUUAAUAUUUUUUUUUUAAGGAAAACCUCUAAUAAUCAUUACAGUGCCGCACCUGUACCAGUAAUCAUCAAUUACUAAACAAGUAAAACAAUCUUCAAUACUAAUAGCAAACAAAAAAACGAACAAUCAGCGGACAAAUGAACCGCAUAAUUAAAGACAAGUAUAACAAUAGUAGCAAACUCCUUUUAACUUAACAAAGAGACAUGAGAAUAACAAAUAAAUUAAAUGCAGAACAAUAUUUUAUAAAUAUUAAGUUGAUAAAUAACAAAAAAAUAUAACAAGUAUUUAAUAUUAAAUUGUCUUUCAUUGUACCGGUACAAAAUAUGAUAAUCAUUAAGUCAUGUAAGUCAUGAACUUUUAAUCGGUGCAAUAUAGUUUAUUAUCACACGCGGAGUCCGUUCUCAGAGUUUAAUUACUGGAGAGCAAUAGACAAUCUAUUACACAACCGCGACGUACUAGAGCAAUACGAAUACGGUUAGCUAUGGAUUCAUGCGAUUCGGUUCGGUUUACAAAUCAAUUAUACGCGCGUCUGUGAGAACGUAUGCUAUCCAGAUUAAUUAAAUUAUUGGCCAAAGAUCAUUUCGUAAUGGUUCAUCUCACAAUUUUAUUCGAGUAAUUCGUAAACAGAAGCAAAUCAACUUCUGUAUUUAUGGGUUGUUGGAAAUUUAUCAGGUUAGUGUGCUGAUCGUAAGUUGAUCACAAUACUUCACUUCAUUUUAAAUCACCCACAUCCCAGACGACCUUGAAGGCUACGUCCUUGGAUAUUGUAAAAGUGUGUGUGAUGGCGUUAGUUCUAUUGUAUUGAGGCAGUGCUAUCGAAGAUUUGUCUAUCGCGUCGUCUAAUUAACUCUGGCUGGUACGCGUUCAUUCCUAGCAUUACUGCUCUACUAUUGGUACCACAACGAUUAGAUUUUUUUUGAUAAUCAUAUAUGGAUGGUAAGUAUGCAUUAUUUGGCACAGUAAAAUUAUUCUAUUGAAAUUAAUUAUAUAAUAGUUUUAAUAUUUUCUUAAUUUUUCAGAUUCCGGAUUUAUGCGCACCUUACGCUUGAAUGGAGGACACCAAUAUGGCUAUGGAAAUGUUCCAUAUUUUUCUUAUUUCCAUUAUUUCCUGGAAAAUAAUAAGUUUACUGGACAAUAUUUGUUUAACUGAGUCGAAUCAGCAAAUAUCCACGAGAGAUAAAUUACCAUGGGCUUUUAAAUCACUUGCUGAGAAAACACCGAGGUUUCUCCCUUUAAGAUCUGCAACUUCAUAGGAACUGGAUCCUUUUCGAGAAAGAAUAACGCAGGGUUCAUACACUUCCCCUAAUUUGGCGUUGAAAUUAUCCCUAGCUGAGGAUUGACGGAAAGUCCUUUUAUAGACACGUUGACCUAUAUCGAAAAUCGCUUGGACAACGCCAUCCGCCAUCUUGGGGAUUCUUUUGUCUCCUAUUCUGGAUCAGGAAACUGUUGUUCCUGUUAAAAGUGUUGGACCAAGAUUCGGAACAUUAAUCCGGACAAUUAGCUGCCUUCGGAGAGUUAUUUCGACGGUAAAUCAAAACAAUUUCGUCGGCAAGGGUCCUACGGCUGUAUCGGUACUUCUUGGAAACGUGGAGGUAAUGGCCCACCGAAGUCAACUUAGAAUGUACCACAGCAAAUACCCGGAGACUAGACCAAACAUCGUAAUGCAGCUGGGUGCACAGUACAAGAAUGCCGAUGUUUUGGACAUGAACGUUGAAGAACGUGUAGCUGGAAGCGGCUCAGAGGACAUCAAGGGGGAAAUCUCACGGGAUAAUCUGGCAAAGGUUAGAGACUCGAGAAAGAGAAAUGCUUCUACGGCGGAAUUGCCGGGAAGUUUACGGCGCUCAAAGCGGACAAAGCGCCCAUUCGAAGAACAGAAUUAUUAUUAUUAUACUAAAAGAAAUUGUCGGAAAUCCUUUAGUAGUGAUCAAAAUGGCUGACAUUUCGAAUUGUAAAAUUAAAAUAUAACAGUUCAUAUGAAUUAUACUGAAUUGUUAGAAUAGGUUGAUUUAAAAAAAAAAUAAAGGGGACGACUGUUAUGUCUAUCUUCAAUAUAAAACAUUGUUACAGUGAGCUGGACUCCGUUCGUAACGCAGGUAACGCCUGCGCCGACUGCCCACAAUCCAACCCACAAUCCAAUCGACGAAAAAAACAUCGACCUAACAACGACCGUAGCGCUGUUACUUAUUCACGAUGACGACGAUUAGAUUCAUAAUUUUCAUUUUAAAAGUGUAUUCAUUCCUUCUGCAAAUCCAUACUGUCAUGCCUAUUCCCCAAUAUCGUAGUUCGUUAGUCGAAAAUACUGAAUAAUUAAACAAACCAAAUGGCAUCACUGGUGGUUCUUUUUUCCACUCCGCUGAACUGUCAUCUCAAACAAAAACAAAUGGAUCAUACAACUGCUAUGAAUACAUUCGACUCGUUUGCUUCCAUCAAUCGGUAAGUGAGAAAGAUGAUUUCUCCCAUCACCACAGUGCGGAUUUCCACUUCUAUCACAGCAGCCAACAACAUCCAUUUUCCUGCAGCAGUAACCUCCCACCCCUGUUGGCAACUCGGGGGACAGCAUCAACAGCAGCAGCAGCAGAAUUUGACCAUGGUAUGGUAUUGCGAAGAACUUUCCCCAUUAGAGGUUCCGUGCUUCGCGCACAUUCAAAAAUCCUCUUCAGAUACGAAAACUCAACGACAAGGAGGUAUUUAUCAACUUGCUCAGCUGAAUUACCACCCCGGAGGAACCCGAUUGCACUGAUUCCGUAGUAUAGUAGAAUGAAAAUAGGCGAGGUAAGCGAACGUAAUCGCAUGAAAUUUUAAUUUUCGCAUUUUUAUCCGGAUCAUACAACUGCUAUGAAUACAUCCGACUCAAUCAAUCGGCGAGUGAGAAAGAUGAUUUCCCUCAUCACCACAUUGCUUAUUUCCUCUUCUGUCACACCAGCCAACAGCAUCAGCUUUCCCGCAGCAGUAUCCUUUAAGUCCAGGGUGUUAUUCCGGGGAACAGCAUCAACAGCAACAGCAGCAGGACCUGGCCAUCGAUAGUAUUUCGAGCAAUUUUCCACAUCGGAGAUCCCGUGCUUCACGCACAUUGAAGAAUCCUCCUCAGCCACAUAUCUGUGUCAUCAAGGGCAAGGAGGUAUUCAUCAAUGUACUCAGUCGGAUUUGAAUCGUCAAUCCAGACAACCCGGAUGCACCGAUUCCAUUAUAUACCUUAUUUUUAUUAUACAUGGUUUUUUAUUAUUUUUCUUCAAUAAAAUGAUUAAAAACGA